GACAGUGUUUCUUUGUGUAGUUUUGGAGCCUGUCCUGGAUCUCGCUCUGUAGACCAGGCUGGCCUCAAAAACACAAAGAUCCGCCUAGCUCUGCCUCCCGAGUGCUGGAAUUAAAGGCAUGCGCCACACAGCCCAGCUGAGAGAUUAUUAAAGGUUUGAAAUGGGAAGACCCUUGAUCAAUCUGGAUCUUUGAGGUGAUAUGAUCCAUCUUUAAUCUUGGCCAGACCUUCUAGUGGCAGCCUAUAUAUUUAUAUAAAGAAUAUUGAAAAAGGAAGCUCUUUGUCUUUGCCUGAUUGUCAUGGCUUUGCCUAGGAAGGUCAUUCAUUUACUCUCUUUAGAGCCCAGUUCUUAGGAAUUCUGGUAUAUACUAAAGACCAUCCAAGAUGUCCAGCCUCAAGGAUUGAAGAAAUACUGAAUUCUUGACCUUUCCACUGGUAGACAGCCAAUGCUGGACUAGCUGAAUCACAGACUGUGAGACAUUCUAAUAAAUCCACUUUCUACCUACAUAGGGAGAUUUAUUCUAUCAGUCCUGUUCAAGCAGAAAACCUUACUAAUACUGUUCUUGCUUUUUUUUCCACCUGCCCAGAGGAAGAUGUUGUAGCUAACUGUAGUGCUCAUAAAGGCAUCCUUCCUUGUUCCAUUUCUCUCUAAGAAUUCAACUUGUUGUGAAGACUACACUUCAUAUUGUUGUUAAAUUGCCAAGAGAUUGAAAUGGAUUUCAGGAAUAUAUAAAACUCCUAAAGCAAUGGAACUAUCAUCCAGCCUUCUGAUGGAAUAAAGAUCUAUCUUGUCUGUGAUCUGGUUCCAGCUUUUCUCUCCUGGUUGUCUAAAGUCCCUGUGACAACCAGGUAAAAAGUACCUGAGUUCAUCAGACCUCAAUGUGAAGCCAUAAAACAGAUAUUUCAUUUUGUAUCCUAAAAUCUCUCUUUAAUUGUUAAUAUUCUGGGCAUCCUUCAACCUGGUGGAGAGGGGAAUCAUUCUACUCCACAUUGUGUAAUGGGCUGUGCAAGCUAGUCACAUGGUGUCCAGGAGGUAGAAGGGGAAGUGCCUGUGGAGUGCAGGAAUAUAGCAGGGUCAGCUAUUUGAGCCAGGGGCAAGUGCUAUUGAAAUGCAAAUCUCUGCAGAUCUGGAAAAAGUCUGGGUCUUGGGUGGAAGGCAGGGCCAGGAACCACUGUGCAAAGUCUUUAAGCACACUGUUGCCCUAAGGGAGGUGCUCUUGUCACUCAGGCCUCACUAGCCAAUCAGGCCCUCCAGUCUGACCUGCCAGUCAGAAGAGUGCAGGGGCCCUUCCAGGGCCAGGCUGCAGGCUUGUCUUUGUAACAGAGUGUAUGCCAGUGGUUUUGUGUGCUGCCUGUGCUGUUGGAAGGAGCUGAGGGGAGAGCAUGGGUGACCUGGGAAGUCAAGACAGUGAACAAGAGGCUGCUGUCCCUAGGUCAGGAGGAGCAAAUGGUGAGUUUCAGGAGCCAGUGUGACAGUCCUCUCUGGGUUUGGGUGGGAACCUGUAGCAAGAUUCCCUGUCCUGUGAGGUCCCAUGUGAUCCUUGCAACUCCCUGGACCCAGGUGCAGGACUCUGAAUAACAUUGCUCUGUAGGCUGCCUCUGCUCAGAGCAUUGGGAACAGGGAAUUAUGUGUAGAAAGAAACAUCUUUGUAGUCAAGGUUAACAGGCCUUUGAUGCAUCCAUGGAAGGCAGGCAGCCAAAUUCAGAGAGGACUACUUUUUCCAGUAUCUUCUAGAAGUUUUGCACUUUGGAGUUAAUAUUUAGAUGAUAGAUCCAUUUGCAGAUAAUUUUGUGGAGAUUAUAAAUGGCAUCUCUUGUGUUGAAUAGCACUCCACUACUAAACUGUGAUGGAAAAUAGUAGAAUUGGUGAUAUAAAGGAUUUACCAAUCCUUAGGAGAUAGUAAGUCAUAGAGAGUAGAAUUUAGCUAAGGGAGGGCUCCCUCUAAAAUACCACAAAGGUAGGUAUAUGCUAACCAGGUCUUUUAGAGAUUAGGAUGCUAGGAUACACAUUUGUUCACGAGGAUUGUCCAGACAUUUGCCUCCAAAUCAUGACAGAGGAGACACCCUUAAGCUACAUCCAGCCUCUAAACCUUUCCUUAUUCAAAGAGCAGGCCUCUAACAAGCUGCUCUAGGGACACUGAAGGGUCACAACCAACCUUAAGGCCUGGUGUGCCAUAAAUGUCCAGUUUUCUUGAGAAAAGCACUGUUCUGACAGAUGGACGAGAUGACACGUAUUUGAAAAGAAAAACACCGUUGUGUUGAGGGCUGGCCUGAUCAACAGUACUCCCUUUAGGCCCUCACACAGGGAGAAGGAAGGUGCUUCAGAGAGCCAGGAAAGGCCUGGAGUCUAGGACUUGGGAGCUUUUCCUAAGGGCCUUAUGUAUUGAGAAUAAAACAGAGCUCUUUCUUUAAAACCAGGAAUAUGCUAGGGAGAGCUGGUAAUGAUCUGGGGCCAGGGCCUUUGUGGAGGGGUUGCUUCAUAUCCUGAGAAUACAACUCUUAUUACCACAUGGCGCUAUGGUUAUCAAUCCCAAGGCCACUAUGUGCUUAGCCAGUAAUGUUUUUGAGGUACUCUGUAUUCUCCUUAUGCAGCAAUGUGUGAAUUGCCUCCUCCUGAGUUUGCCCCAUUGUAUGGUAGUUUCUGUUGACUUCAUAGAAGUCUCUCAUUUUCUUCCAUUUCCCCACUGGAAGAUGCUAUUCUUCGUAAGUUUACUUGGCAUGAGGCAUAGCUCGUGCAAGACCUCCCCAUCCCAGCCUUUAUUAUUAUUUUAUUUUUUGCCUUUUAUUUUUCCUAUCCUUCUCAUGCCCUGGAUGAGGAGGUGCCUUCUCAUCUCCCGGCACUUCCACCUCAGGACCGUGUCACUGAUGACUGACCUACUGUUUCAUGUUUGUGGUGUACUUAAGAAAUAAAUCUGGAAUUAUCUUUGCUUUGUGAGUUUCCCAUCUGCCUAAGUGGCUAGUUUUGCAAUCUCCUGAUACUAUUUAAAUGUUCAAAGUGUAACUGGAGCCUUAACCUAAAAGAAACUUAAGGAUGACAGAACAUGUGGAAUGCAAAAUCUGUUCCAGGCUGGCUCCUCUUUGAGCAUUAGCCAGAUAUGGAUGCAUGCUCUCAUUAGAGAAAUUUUUCUUUAUUAAUCUCUUAAGUGUAUGGAAGGCAUAUUAAUUUUUUAACAGCUGCACCUCCAGCUAUUUAGAAAAAUAUUUUUGAGAGAACUGUCUUAUGUUGACUCAGGUGACCUUAAUCCCAGUCUGUUGGUCCCCAGGGAAAUGACCUUGGCAUCCAUGAUUGAACAUUAUAAAUUCUUAAGUGACUACCACCUCAGAGUUUUAAAAUUCCCCAUUUGUGUCAUGUAGUUGAUUAUCCGUUGCAGUCACAGGAAAAGGAUUUGCAUGUGGAGCAUGACUUCUGCCUUCAGAGGAGAUAGGAGGAAUAGUUUAUUGUGUGCACUUCAGGGGGAAACAGGGUAGGCAAUCAGCUGCUAGAGUCACCAUUAUGAAAAAGGACUUCAGGGUGAGUGAUUCUGUAAUUUUUAGCAUAUUUUAAUCCAUAUCAUGAACACAGAUCAGAUUGUUGGGUGUACAAUUUGAGAAAGUUAGUUUGAGCCAAUGAAUAUCAAAUUUCCAAUUAGAUGGCUCUCCUUUGCAGAUAUGUUCAGUCCUGCUUGACAGAGUUAAGUCAGCUCAGAGGACUGAGAAACAGACCAUUGCCUGUAACUCUUUGUCAGGUUACAGAUCUCAGUAGCCAACACAUGCACAUGGGCAAGAGCAACCAGUCUCUUGUUAAUUGCAUUUCCUCGGCUAGCGACGAUCCUACUCUUUUUUUAUGUCAACAUAGCUAAGUUUUUACCUUAAAAAUAAAUUACUUUUAUCAUGCUAAAAAGACACUUAGUAUUAUUUUUUAAAUUUCCUUUUCUUUAAAUGCAUUUCUUCUCUGAUCCCUAUUUGUUUCUAUUCUCCAAUGUUUCUCGAUCAUUAAUAGUUUCAUUCCUUUUCUUGAAAGUGCUGUUGAUUAUUUAGCUAUAUGUAGAGUGAUGUCUCCUGUAGGCUGGCCUCAUGCUAUGUAAGUGAGAAUUGCUUGGAACACCUAAUCCUUCCUCUGCUGCCCCAUACUGGUAAGUUAGUCCUGCAACUCUUCCAGACUGUGUCUUGACUAGUCAGUGAGAGGGAAUAAUAGACCAGUCCUCCAAUCUCUCUGGCUUUUAUUGGGGAUCUAGAAAUGAAGAGGGACCUGGGCAAGAAUGGAAUUCACUGACCAAUUUUGAAGCUGUUGUAGUGACAGUGCAGAAAGGGAGGAGCAGGAAGGAGGGUGAAACAUUUCCUGCUUUGUCAGUAGUUGAGAUUAGCAACGUGGUAGUUAAUCAAUUUCAGAUGCUCCAGUAAUAUCCUGACUUGCAUUUUUUGGAGUCCACAUUCCAGGGCAAUCAAGAAUCUGGAUAAAGGACUGACUUUAUCAUGAAACCAAAUUAUUGUAGUUAUCCUGGAUCAAACAAAAUAGAAGAGCUGGGUAAAAUAAUGAGGCUCUGCCUAACAGGACUAUUAUUUUCCUGGUUUAAGCUGUUAAGCCUGAGGGAGCAGGCGUGAAUAAUCAUUGGUGUGUUCUCAUACAAAUCUGUAGUUUCUGCAACAUGUGGCCCUAAAUCCUGCUUCAACUUUUCAAAAUAGUUCUUUGAGAGUAUAACUACAUCAUGUCCACAGUCUCUUUCCUGCCUGCAAGCCCUACCACUGCCCCUCAUGUUUUCUAAUUCAUGGCCUGUUUUUGCUUUAAAAAUAGUUAAAUAAUAGCAACAGUUGCUUUUUGAAUGUGAACUAUGUUUGACUGUAGUAGUUCCCAGCUUAGAAACUAAGGGUUGACUGCAUUGUAAAUUGAGUGGGUAAUAGAUUGUUCAUACAUAACACUCCAUGCCUUGGAAGAAGAAUCAGUCUGGGAGACUGGGAGAAUUUCUAAUAAAGUACUAGGGACCUGUCUUCUGGGGUGGAAGUGCAGAGGAGGGAAGGCCUGUGUUGUCUGAGUCACUUUACCCAGUCGUGGAAGGUACUAAUGUCCUGAGGCCCAGCUGCGUGGCCUAGACUAAUGUGGGACCCUAGGAAGGUUUAGUAAUUUGGAGUACCAAUAGAAGGUAGGUAUAGAGAGCUGCGAGGGAGACCAGAAGCCAUGCCAUCGUGAGUGUGGGGUCAGUGUCUUCACUGUCACAGAGCAGGAACAGUUCUUCCAAAGUGCAGAGGUUUCUAAGUUGUGUGUGGUUUUGGGUGAGUGGAUAGGGCAGAUUCCACAUCUUGUGACAUAAUCCACAUGGCAAGAAAUUGACAUUUAAUUAUUCUCUUACAGUGUUUUCUGUAUGGGCAUCCGUGGGACUAGGUUUGCCUGAAACCAGAGGAGGACAUUAUAGUUUGCAGAGCCAUAGCAGGAGAUCACCUCCAUUUGCAGAGAGAACUCUGGAGCAUGGAACCUGUCGGUUUUGAAGAAAUAGCAGUAGCUAGAGGGUUAGAAACAUAACAGUUUAAUGGUUACUUGGAGUCAGUUUUGUGGAAGUUGUGAUGUCUGUGUCUAUUUAGUUUCUAUACACAUAGAGUCAUAGGUAGCUGGGUAAUAUUUGUCAAGAUCACAUUUUUCCUGGCUGAGUAUCCUUUGGUCUUUUGAUUAAAAGUGGAGUAUAUUUUUCUGUUUUGUUCUUGACUUUUUCUCUCUAUCUGAUUUAUUCUUUCAUAAAUAUUGUACACAUUCUUGAUUGGUGUAGCUUUGUGUUAAUUUAGAAGUCACAUUAUGCCAGUGUGUGUGCUAUCUUUUCAUAAUUCAAUAGAGCAUUCUGUGCUGUGGGAUGUCUUUCUGUAUGCUUGAAUAUGUGUUGCUCUCAUUGGGUAAUAAAUAAAACUACAUUGGCUUAUGGCAGGAGCCAGGUGGGAAAAUCCAAGAGAAAUAGGAGAGGAGAAAGGAGAGUGGGGAAGAUGCCAAACCGCCAUCCUAGGAGCAACAUGUAAUGGGAUGCAGGCUGCAGUGACCUAUGAUGAUGUGCAUAUCGACUUCACUUGGGAGGAGUGGAUUUUGCUGGAUCCUUCUCAGAAGAAUCUUUACAAAAAUGUGAUGCUGGAGACCUACAGGAACCUUACUGCUAUAGGCUACAGUUGGGAAGACUAUAAUAUUGAAGAACAUUGUCAAAGUUCUGGAGGACAUGCAAGGUUCAAAAAAUGUCAUACUGGAAAGAAGCCCUGUGAAUAUACUCAAUGUGCAAAAUUUUCAUAUCAUAGUCAUCUUCAGAAGCAUGAAAAUAUUUAUACUGAAGAGAAACCCUACGAUUGUAUUCAGUAUGGUGAAGCCGUUGCACACAACAGUAUUCUCCAAAUACUUAAAGGAACAUGUGCUGGAAUGAAAAACAAUGAAAGUAAUCAGUAUGGUAAAGCCUUCACAAGUCAUGGUCAUCUUCAAAUACAUAAAAGAACACAUACUGGAGAGAAAACAUAUGAAUGUAAUCAAUGUGGUAAAGCCUUUAAAUAUGCCAGUAAUCUCAGAGUACAUAAAAUAGCACAUGCUGGAGAGAAACUCUACAAAUGUAAUCAAUGUGAUAAAGCUUUUUCACAACACAGUAAUCCUCAAAUUCAUGGAAGAACACAUUCUGGAGAGAAAGCCUACAAAUGUAAUCAAUGUGCUACAGACUUUGGAUGUGCCAGUAAUCUCCAAAUAUAUGAAAGAACACAUACUGGUGAGAAACCCUACAAAUGUAAUCAAUGUGAUAAAGCCUAUUCAGAACUCAAAACUCUCAGAAUACAUAAAAGGACACAUUCUGGAGAAAAACCCUACAAAUGUAAUCAAUGUGAUAAAGCCUUUUCACAACACAGAUAUCUCCGAAUACAUAAAAGGACACAUUCUGGAGAGAAACCCUAUAAAUGUAGUCAAUGUGAUAAAGCCUUUUAUCAACACAGUCAUCUCCAAAGACAUGAAAGAACACAUACUGGAGAGAAACCCUACAAAUGUAAUCAAUGUGGUAAAGCCUUUUCACAAUACAGUAAUCUUCAAAUGCAUGAAAGAACGCAUACUGGAGAGAAACCCUACAAAUGUAAUCAAUGUGAUAAAGACUUUGCAUGUGCCAAUAAUCUCCAAAUACAUGAAAGAACACAUACUGGAGAGAAACCGUACAAGUGUAAUCAAUGUGAUAAAGCCUUUGCAUAUGCCAGUAAUCUCAGAGUACAUGAAAGAACACAUACUGGAGAGAAACCCUACAAAUGUAAUCAAUGUGAUAAAGCCUUUGCAUAUGCCAGUAAUCUCAGAGUACAUAAAAGAACACAUACUGGAGAGAAACCCUACAAAUGUAAUCAAUGUGAUAAAGCCUUUUCACGACACAAUCAUCUCCAAAAACAUGAAAGAAGACAUACUGGAGAGAAACCCUACAAAUAGAAUCAAUGCAAUAAAGCCUUUUCAUAAUAAUUUAAUCUCUAAAUACAUAAAAGAAUUCAUACUAGUGAGAAACCCUUCAAAUAUAAUCAAUGUGAUAAAGACUCAUGAAAGGCUUUAUUACAUACAUAAAAUACAAAUACAUAAAAGAACACAUUUUGGAGAUAAACCUUAUGAAUAUAAUCAAUGUGGUUAAGCCUUUACAUGAAUCAGCAGUCUCAACUCAUGAGAAAAAUUCAUACUGCAGAGAAACCCUAUAAAAGUAGUGAGUGGAGAAACCCUAUAAAAGUAGUGAGUGUGGCAAAGUUUUGCAUUUCAUGUUAGUCUUUAUACAAGAGUAAAACUUUUAGUGUCUAAUUGGUCUCUUAAAGCUUUUUCAAUUUACAGUAGUCUUUGAGGGCCUGAGAAAACUAAUACUCAAGGAAAUCUGGCCAUAAAGGUUUUGGAAGAUGUUUACCCAACAGACUUACAUUCAGUUACACAAGUUUAUUCUGGACAAAAUACCUGACAAGUGUCACCUAUCUGUUCAAGCAUUAUGAUGUUCCUCUUUAUUUUGUUUGCACCAUCAAACUCAUAUGGACAAAAUGAUGAGGUGGCACUUUUCUAUUCUACAGUUCUCUUCAAUUACAUAAAAUAAGGCAUCCAGGUUUAACACUUAAUGGGUGUGUAUUAGUGCCUUUUCUGUUGCUAUGAUAAAACAUUAUGUCUAAGUAAGUCAACUUACUAAAAGUUUGCCCUUGAGUCCAGAAGGAUCCAGGAUAACCAUGAAAGUGGCAUGGCAACAAGUGUCAAACAUGGCAGCUAAAGCAGAAAGCUAUGAACUCACAUCUUCCACCUUUGGCAUGAAUGUGAAAGUGGGAACUGGAAAUGGUGUGUGGAUGUGAACUCUCAUGCUCACUCCCAGGGAGGUACUUUCUCCAGCAGGGUGAGCGUUAUAUAUAUCUUCCCAAAUGAUACCACCAACUAAGAAAGAUUGAUUUCUCUGACAUCAAGCCUAUGUGCUUGCUUUCUGUUACAUGAACCAGUUCAUGAUGAAGAAAAACUCUGUAAGUAAGCCUUUUAAUGCCUCAACAACUGAGUUACAGAAAUAAAUGCUCACAAGAGAAAAAUG